UCGAAGCAGCUGAGCUUGCUGUCCUGUUUAGUAGUAAAUCACAAUUUGUACCGAAAAGCCGGGAGUGCGAGUAUUGAUUAGUGAAAAAUUUCCAUUGAUGUUACUUAACAUCUCUUUACGGGUCAAUCACAGUGCCAAAAGUAGUCUGCCGAUUUUACGAAGGCUUUAUCAGUCGCACACCGCCAAGCAGCAACUUCAACCAAGCCAAAUAUUUAUCAUCUCAGCUAAAGCAUUUUCCCGAUUGAGCAACAUGGUCAGACAAGGCCCGCGCCCACUGGUUAUUUGUGGCCCAUCCGGAUCAGGCAAGAGUACCCUGUUGAAGAAGCUGUUCAAGGAAUUCCCGGACACAUUUGGUUUCAGUGUGUCACAUACCACCAGGAAACCUCGCCCCGGAGAGGAAGACGGAGUCCACUAUCACUUCGUUUCGCUGGAAGAAAUGCAAGCUGCUAUUGAGAAAGGGGAGUUUAUUGAAACUGCCGUUUUCAGUGGAAACAUGUAUGGAACCAGUAAAAAAGCCGUAGAAAACGUUCAACAGCAGGGCAAGGUGUGUGUGCUGGAUAUAGAAAUUGAGGGUGUGAAACAGGUUCGUAAUUCUGAUCGGUUGAACCCGCUGUUGGUGUUCAUCAAUCCACCGUCAGUAGCUGAACUGGAGCGUAGGUUGCGAAACCGACAAACCGAAACCGAGGAGAGUUUACAGAAACGUCUCAAUACCGCAAGAGUUGAGAUCGAAUAUGGUUCCACUCCCGGUAAUUUCCACAUUGUAGUCUACAACAACGACCUGAAACAAGCGUACGCUGACCUGCGGGAUUUCAUUGUGCGCGAAUUAGAGACCCAACAGAAUCAAGGUAUCAACGUCAGUUUGACUCGUGUUCCCUUGAAUGAUGAUUAAUCAUCCGGUCGGCUCGACCGAGCGUUUUGAGUGCAUUUGUAGUUGCGUUAUCAACCGUGCGGUGUCGAGACAAAAAGCCAAAUAGAACGUGCUAUAGGCUACUCGCCCGAGAUCUUUCCCAGUCCGCUAAUCUAACCUUUUUACUAAACUCUAACCACAAACAUAUUUUUAACACAAAACUCACAAACAUUGCAUGUAUCGGUAUUAUUGAUAUGCAUCAUUCCAGCCUUCGGAAACAGAGUUUCGACAUUUAAACUAUUCAAACGGGUGCAAAAACCUCCCAUAUUUUCCAUUGUAAGCGUUUAUAUGGUGCUUAGAAACUAAUGUCAUAGUCAGUGUAGAAAAAUAUCUCAUACAUACCGCUACAAGUCAUUUUUAAUAUGGCAGAUAUAGAUUGUGUACCUUAAAAUGGUACUUGUUCACAAUGUAUUUAGUAAAGUAAAUAUAAAUUGUUAGAAACCACACUUGUUACGUAGAAAAACCGUCGAAUUUAUAAAUCGUGACAUGCGAUUUUAUUUCGCUAAAAGUAAAUUAGCAAUAAAAGUGAUUCGUUGAUUAAUUCACUUAGUCAAAAUAUACAUUCCUUACAAUAGCGUUAAUUCAUAUUGAAAUUGGUGUAACUUUUCUCAUCAAAUAAUACUCUAUUUGUAAAUUAUCUAAAUAUUCAAGUUUCUGACACUGUUUCCUCUGUUGUUUAAAAUCUCAUUACAUACAUAUUUUGUCCAGUUCAAUAAAACUAACAGUCGCAUUGCUAUUUACUAAUAAACAUCCCAAAAUACUAUUGCUGAUUUCCUCUAAUAAUACUGACCACAUUAAGUUGUGUUUGUUUGGUGAUUAAGUUUUUAACAUGACUAAAGCCUCUAACCUUUCGUUUCCUUGCGCGAGGUCAACGAGUGUUUAUCAACCAAUUAUUGACAGGCCGUUAAUGAUACCCUUUUUAACUUGCGUGUCAUCUUUGUACACAAGCAUGUGCGGCUUGAGCUAUAAAUUUGGUUUUCUUAUUGGACCGCAAUUUGAUUUCCAUCAAUUAUAAUAUUAACGUUUUCAUUUUUUUUGUAUCUUUCUCUUUCCUUCAAACAAUGCUAUUCUUUUACAAAAAUUACAAAUGCAAAACAGAAAAUUUGUUCAUACCGUCGAUAGUUACAGAAUAUAAGAGAUGCGAUUCUUAAGCAAGUCAUUAUUGGUUAGAAGUCGUAAGCCGUGUACUAAUACUGCUCUUUAGGUAUACGUUCACUGCCGUGAAUCGCAUAACAGUCAAAUUUAUAUAGGAAACUAUAGAAAAUGGAACCGUUAUGCGAUUCACGAUAGUUCAGCUCUCAUACACAUUAUACAAUGCAUAGGUUCACACCAAAUAACUCAUCUUUUGUAACACAAUACGCACCAAAACUGAAAAUGUAAAAGCCACUUAAGAAACGUAAUCCCACUGAAACGAAAAGCUGCUAACAAAAAUUUAUAGUGCUUAGUGUCAGGUAGCAGAGUGUAGGUACGAAUGAGAAGCGGAAGCGGAAAUCGUGUGCCCGAAUUGGAGGAAAGCUACUUGUGUAUUUAGGCAGUUAGUUUUAAGCUCUCAUCUAUUUUAUCGUCUAUAAAUGGGUUGCCAUUACCGCGCUACACCGGUGCCACCGUUUGCAUCUACAGAUCGGUGGAACACAGAGGAUGGUGCUUGAGUAUUAUCAAAACCAGCUGCGAGGUCAUAACAGAUAGGACAAGAAACAAAAACAAAACAAAAAAAUUGAUUAGAAGACCUCUGUAUUUACCUGUCAAUUUUGUCUUUUUGUAAUUAUGUUUUACUACUGGACUUUUUACCGUAUCGAUAGGAUGAACUGAGAAAUCCCACGCUGAAUUACCCUAUUAUAUGUAAUUGACGUGUACUGAAACCAUAGGAUGAUUUAACAAAACAAACCUACAAGCAUGUGUUAUUCACCAAAGCAUCAAUAAAUGAAUGCAU